AUGGCGGCUGCCUCGGAGCGUCCUCCGGCCGAGGCCGCCAAGCCCUUGCUGGGCCUCCUGAACGGCAUCGCCCGGGCCUCCUACUACGGCAACGCGGAGAUCACGGAGGGGCUGCUGCGGGAGCAGCUCUACCCGGACCUGGCGCCGCAGGAGUUCCGGGCUCUGCAGGCCAAGAUGACGGGCGUCGUCAAGUCAAUAGCAUCAGCUGAUAUGGAUUCCAACCAGUUGGAAGCUUUUUUGACUGCUCAGACCAAGAAACCAGGCGGCAUCACGAGCGAGCAAGCUGCAGUCAUCGCAAAAUUUUGGAAGAACCACAGAAUGAAAAUUCGAGACAGCCUGAUAAAUCAAAGCAGGUGGGAAAACACCUUGAAGAACCUAAAUUGGAGAGUGGAUGUAAAAUCACAGUCAAGACACACGGACCAGUUAAGCAGUCCUGUGGCAAUAGUCAAAAUGGAACUUGGGAAGAAUGGACAGGAAUCUGAAUUUUUGACUCUGGAGUUCGAUGAGCUCAAACUAAAUCAAAUGCUGAAGAAACUUUCAGAGAUUGAAGGCAGCAUUACUUCCCUGACCCAAGCAACCUAGCCUUUGGACUAAAACAUUGUGCAUUUUGGAACAACGUUGACUUCAGUAAUGACUAUUAAUUUUUUUUACAGCCAAUGUGGUUGUUAUAAAAGUACUUUACAGCCUCAUCUGUCUAAUAUUGGAAUAAAGCCAAUGAAAAUCUAACG